GGGGUUUAUCUUGAGAGAGAGAUAGCUGGUGGGGGAAAAUCUCAUCAAUGGCGCUACGAGCUCUCUCCACGUUUCCUUCUCUUCCUCGUCGCUUCACCGGACGUGGACCCACUCUCACCGUCAUUCACCGGAACCCAACGACGUCAAUCGUCUGUAAGUCUAUCUCCACUUCAGAAUCGACGGUUUCACUCUCGGAGCGGGAUGGAUUCGCGGCGGCAGCUCCGACUCCCGGAGAGAGGUUCUUGGAGAACCAAAGAGCUCACCAAGCUCAGAAAGUGGUGAAGAAAGAGCUCAAAAGGGAGAAGAAGAAAAAGAAGGAAGAGAGCGUGCGGAAAGUUGUCGACACCUCCGUCUCGUGUUGCUACGGCUGCGGAGCUCCGUUACAGACCUCCGACGUCGAUUCUCCGGGAUUCGUCGAUCUCGUUACUUACGACUUGAAGAAGAAACAUCACCAGCUAAGAAGUGUAAUAUGUGGAAGAUGUCAGCUUUUGUCUCAUGGGCAUAUGAUUACAGCUGUUGGUGGUAAUGGAGGGUAUGCUGGUGGGAAGCAGUUCGUUUCAGCUGAUCAACUCAGGGACAAGCUUUCUCACUUGCGCCUUGAGAAGGCCUUGAUUGUCAAAUUGGUUGACAUUGUUGAUUUUAAUGGUAGCUUCUUAACUCGUGUUCGUGAUUUGGUUGGUGCCAAUCCGAUCAUACUGGUUAUAACUAAGAUUGAUCUCCUUCCAAAAGGAACAGAUAUGAAUUGUAUUGGUGAUUGGGUUGUAGAAGUGACCACGAAGAAAAAACUAAAUGUCUUGAGUGUCCAUCUGACAAGUUCCAAGUCACUGGAUGGAGUUAGCGGAGUUGCGUCUGAAAUCCAGAAGGAGAAAAAGGGACGAGAUGUCUACAUUCUGGGUGCAGCUAACGUAGGGAAGUCAGCAUUCAUCAAUGCUUUGCUGAAAACAAUGGCGGAAAGGGACCCUGUUGCAGCAGCCGCACAGAAGUACAAACCGAUUCAAUCAGCUGUCCCUGGAACAACCUUGGGUCCAAUUCAGAUCAACGCCUUCCUCGGAGGAGAGAAGUUGUAUGACACACCGGGAGUUCACUUACACCAUAGGCAAGCAGCUGUUGUGCAUUCAGAUGAUUUACCCGCCCUUGCUCCUCAGAAUCGUCUCAGAGGCCAGUCUUUCCAUAUUUCAACAUUGCCAACACAAUCAUCAAGUAGUUCCGAAGGUGAGAGCUUAAACGGUUAUACAUUCUUUUGGGGAGGUCUCGUCAGGAUUGACAUCUUGAAGGCUCUACCAGAAACACGUUUCACAUUCUAUGGACCAAAGGCUCUUGAGAUUCAUGUAGUACCAACCAAAACAGCAACCGAGUUUUACCAGAAAGAAGUGGGCGUGCUUCUGACACCUCCAUCAGGGAAAGAUCAGAUACAGGAGUGGAAAGGAUUACAGUCUCACCGUUUACUCCGAAUCGAAUUUAACGAUCCAAAAAGACCGGCUAGUGAUGUGGCGAUUUCGGGGUUAGGAUGGAUUUCAAUCGAACCAAUCCGCAGAUCAAAAGACUCUGAGCCGAGAGAUCUCGAAGAAGCAGAGCAUGAGAUACGUGUUUGUGUGAGUGUGCCAAAACCAGUUGAAGUGUUUAUCAGACCAACACUACCCAUUGGCACUUCUGGUGCUGAAUGGUAUCAAUACCGUGACUUAUCCGACAAGGAAGAAGAGGUCAGACCCAAAUGGUACUUCUGAAGUUUUUGUUUAGCUUACAAAACCAGAGUUAUAUAAUAUAAGAAUAUGUAACAGAGUGGUAAAAUAGCAAAUUGUUUGUAAUGAAAAGUUACUAAAUUAAUCUUCAAGAAAGUAAACAUCAAAGUCAACAACA